AAUGGUUGUGGUGUCAAAGCAUUCUCAUACGCUUUCCUUUAUCUAAUUAUUAUUCCAAACUCAUCUAAAACCUUUCUACGACGCUUUCGUUUUCUGUAAUGUUUUCUGUCUUUCACCUUGCUUCUUCCAACUUGUAUGUACGUGUUCCUUUAUCCACCUCUUUUUUUUGAGGUACCUAAGCAAAGUACACUCUAAAGAUAAUUUUUUCAUCUUUGUUUUCUCUCAACAAACUUCAAAUUCUAUCUGGGUGUAUAUAACACGAACAAACAAACACAAAUGAGCUUCCCCAAGUUGAGUUUUCUUGCUUCAUGAUCACUGCCACUAUGUUGGAGUCUUUAGCUUGUUGCCAAAGCUUUAAGGGAUAUGACCUCACCAAACAAAAGAGUCCUGGUUACUCUCAUGCUAUUUCACGAUUCUGUAGAAGUUCUAUUUUCAUGCUAUAUUCAGUUAACAAGCAAGUAUCGCCGUUAUCAGACGGUGCUGUUCGUGGGAGAUUUCAUAGGACUUCUGUUUCAGAACAUUUGUUUAAAAGGGGGCCUCUAAAUGUUCCAUCAUUUUCUGGCUGGAAAGGAAUCUAUUUUUCCAAGUAUAGGUCACUACAAUGGGAACGGCUACAGACAAAUGUAGCAUAUGAUGUUGCCGGUGCUGUUGAAGUCAUCAAUGAUCUAGGAUUGGAUACUCUUACUUUCUUGGGUGUGACUGUCUUAAUUGUGCCCACUUUCAAGUUACUCAGAGCCAGUCCUAUACUUGGUUUCUUCUGUGCUGGGGUGGUACUCAAUCAGUUUGGUUUAAUUAGAAACCUUACUGAUGUUAAAGUUUUGUCUGAAUGGGGGAUCCUUUUCUUGCUGUUUGAGAUGGGUUUAGAGCUUUCACUUGCACGUCUGAAAGCUCUUGCAAAAUAUGCCUUUGGUAUGGGAUUGGCUCAGGUUGUACUAUCUACCUUAGCAUUUACUGCUUUUGAACUUCCACCAAAUGGGGCUGUUGGAACAAAAAUUUUGGAGUUUCUUUUCCACUCAAGGCCUGAUCUGGUGAACAUCAGAAGUGUUGAUGAAGCUGUAGUGAUUGGUGCUGCACUCUCUCUUUCAUCCUCAGCAUUUGUUCUCCAGCUUCUUGCAGAAAAAGGUGAACUUCCUACAAGAUUUGGUUCAGCAACUCUUGGAAUACUUCUUUUGCAGGACUUAGCCGUUGUUCCCCUUUUAGUCAUACUUCCAAUAUUAGAGAGUCAGACUAUAUCUCAGGAGAGUAUUUGGCCCAUGCUUGCUCAAGAAAGUUUGAAGGCAUUAGGUGGAUUGGGUUUGCUUUCUCUUGGUGCAAAGUACAUUCUCAGAAGAGUUUUUGAGGUUGUUGCAGAUACAAGGAGCUCAGAGGCUUUUGUUGCUCUUUGCUUGCUGACUAUUGCUGGAACUUCACUAGUCACACAGAAUUUGGGCUUCAGUGACACGCUUGGAGCAUUUUUAGCUGGAGCAAUCUUAGCAGAGACAAAUUUCAGGACCCAGAUUGAAGCUGACAUAAGACCAUUUAGAGGCUUGCUGCUUGGUUUGUUUUUUCUUACUACGGGAACUUCAAUUGACAUGCAGCUCCUUCUGCGAGAGUGGCCAAAUGUACUUUCACUCUUGGGAGGUUUAAUUGCCAUCAAGACAUUGAUCAUAACUGCAAUUGGUCCUCGUGUUGGGCUUACCUUACAAGAAAGUGUAAGAAUAGGAUUGCUUCUAUCCCAAGGAGGCGAGUUUGGAUUUGUUGUUUUCUCUUUAGCAAAUAGGCUUGGGGUGCUUCCACUUGAGCUUAACAAGCUGCUCAUAAUUGUUGUUGUAUUGUCAAUGGCAUUAACCCCAUUUCUGAAUGAAGCUGGAAGAAGGGCUGCUAAUUUUAUUGAAGACAAAUUUGAUGCUGAAAAUAAACAAAAAAUUUCUGAGACGGUUAACUAUGAUGCUAGUGAACCUGUUGUUAUCCUUGGAUUUGGACAAAUGGGCCAGGUCCUUGCAAAUUUCCUGUCCAAUCCAUUGGCUACAGGAGGAGAUAGUGAUGCAGUAGGAUGGCCUUAUGUGGCAUUUGAUCUUGACCCCACAGUAGUAAAGACUGCUAGAGAACUUGGUUUUCCCAUUCUCUAUGGGGAUGGAUCGCGUCCUGAUGUUCUUCAUUCUGCUGGUAUUCAUUCCCCUAAAGCUAUUAUGAUUAUGUACACUGGGAAGAAGAAGACAAUUGAAGCUGUUCAGAGGCUAAGAUUGAUUUUUCCUGCAAUCCCAAUAUAUGCCAGAGCUCGAGAUCUCAAGCAUCUUUUAGAUCUUAAGAAAGCAGGCGCAACAGACGCCAUUUUGGAAAAUGCUGAGACUAGCUUGCAUCUGGGUUCUAAGCUGCUGAAAGGCCUUGGUGUAAUGUCUGAUGAUGUAGCAUUUUUGAGUCAGCUUAUUAGAGAUUCCAUGGAGUUCCAAGCUCAAGAAGCAGUCACCCAGUCUGAAUAUCGCGAAUUAGAUAUUAUGAAACCGCUGCAGGUGAAAGUUGCUGACAUGAAGGAGACACGUGUACCAGUGGCAACAACUACACCAGAAUCUGAAUUGUUGGAACUGAACCAGAAAGAUCAAGCUUCUUUGGUUACAAUUCAGAAGGAAGUAAAUCCUGAAGAGCAAGAUCAUGAACUAAAUCAAGCUGUGAAUUUAGAAGGAAAUGGUGUUUUACUUAGCAAACAAGGUACUGAAGAAAGCUCAAUAGUUGGAUCACAAGAUUUAAGACCGAAGAGUCAAGUAGACCCUUCAAUCACUUCACACACUGCCACAGAGGAACCCUAAUUAGGGCUUCUUCCCAUUAAUUUUGCUCCUCUAACCCUAUAGCUUCUGAAAGAUUCACGAAGUUGUCAUUUUUAUAGCAGAGCUAACAAUAUAUAUAUAUAGUUAACAUCUCAAUUCAAGAGAGUUUGUAGAACAGCAUCAUUCCAACUCAGAUGCUCUUUUCAAUUCUUUGAAAAUCACAAAUGUAUAGUAAUUUAAUACCAUGAGAAUAAUUUUUACUUAUUGCACACGCCCAUAAACAGUUUAAG